AUGGAUGGACAAUACCUUGUUGGAGCACUGCAGAAGCAGUGGGAAGUGGGCCAGCGGAAAGCCUGCAAGAGACAGGGCGGCGAGGAUCUGUGCAAGCAAGAGGAGGAAGAGGAGGAGGAGGAGGAGGAGGAGGAGGAGGAGGAGGAGGAGGAGGAGGAGGAGGAGGAGGAGGAGGAGGAGGAGGAGGAGGAGGAGGAGGAGGAGGAGGAGGAGGAGGAGGAGGAGGAGGAGGAGGAGGAGGAGGAGGAGGAGGAGGAGGAGGAGGAGGAGGAGGAGGAGGAGGAGGAGGAGGAGGAGGAGGAGGAGGAGGAGGAGGAGGAGGAGGAGGAGGAGGAGGAUGAGGAGGAGGAGGAGGAGGAGUAG